UAGUUAACAAACUGACAAGCUCUGGGUUUUUGGCUUUAAAUUAAAUCUCAGCUCUUGUCACGGAUAGAUGUUCUUGGUUCUCAAGGCAGGAGCCAUUCCUAUCUGAAACAUGAGUCAGUCAAACUUAUUCAUAUUGAUGAUCGUCAUUCUUCUAAUUUUAUCACAGCCAGUAAAAGGGAAGGACUGUGUAUGCGAGCUACAAAACUCUGGUUCUGCUUUUCCUGAGAGCAAACUGGCGAAUGUGGAGAAAACUGCUUCACAAUGCACUGGGAACAUCUCUUCAGAAAAGAUGACAGAGAUUGACAUACUUGUGCUGGGUCUAAAACGGCGCAUCAAGCAUCUAGAGGACAAUGUGUCCAUGCUGGAAAAAGAAGACAAUGGAAAUCUGUAUGCAGCCGUGUCUCUGCGUAUCACUGAAUUAGAGUUGGCUGAGAUUCAAGACCUGUUGGACAAACUCAACAGAACCACCAGCAAUUACCAGCAGCUCAGUGCAGACACUACAGUUGAGCUUCUGGAUAUUAAGGAUAUAAUGGUGGACCUAGAGAAGUUUGACCACUCGCAGGUGAUGAUGAAACAGCGUGAGAAUCAGCGUAUUAAGAGGGACCUGGAACAUUGCAAGGAUGAGCUCAAUGCUACAUCACCACCCCCAACACUUUCACCAGGUCACUGUGGUCUGGGUCAAAUGGUUAAUGUUUCAGGACCUAAAACAUAUUCUCUCACAGUAUACGGAACCUCUUACUCUUUUGGUGCUUGGGGUAGAGAUGCAAACCCCUCUCCAGAAGAUGAGAAGAAGUACUGGCUGGUGGUGCUGUCCAGUAGUAAUGCAUUUGGCCACUUCGUCCGUCAGUAUAAUAGUAUGAGUACUCUUUUAUUAGGUAUAGGACCUAUAGAUUCAUACAUAUCAAGCUCCAACCCCACAACAAACACAAUUCAAGGGCCAAACAUGGUCAUGUACAGUAAUGCGCUCUAUUAUAACUGUUACAACACGCUGUCUGUCUGUCGGUUCAACAUGACGACUCGCACUGUCAGUAAUGUGGCACUGCCUAAUGAUGCAGGUUUCAACAAUAAAUUUCCAUUUGGACACCUUGGAGGAUCAUACAGCUAUACUGACAUGGAUUUUGCCACAGAUGAAUCCAGUGUAUAUGUUAUAUAUGCGUCAACAGGCAACUUUGGAAAUGUGAUUAUUACUGAAGUUGAGACUAGUACUCCACCUGUUUUGGGCCAAACUUGGUACACUUCUCUGCACAAAAAGACAGUCACAAAUACCUUCAUGGUGUGUGGUGUGCUAUAUGCUACUCGUUAUAUAGAUAAAGAUAUAGAAGAGAUCUUUUAUUCUUUUGACACCAAAACUAAUAAAGAGCGCUAUGAUCUGAAAAUUCACAUAAAGAAGAUGCAGACCAAUAUUAAGUUUCUGAAUUAUGAUGUCAGAGAUCAUCUGCUGUAUGUCUACAGUGAUGCAUACAUUGUAACACAUGAAAUAAUAUUUCAGUAAGUAUUCAAUAAACUUUCCUCAAGAUAUAUUUUUCCUUUUUGCCAAGAAGACUAAAAGUGCUUGUUUUGUGGGGGAAAUCAUUUAAAUGCUGUAUGUACGUACAUUGUGGUUCUUGAAA